UGCAGAUUUUGGCAAGAACCACAAAACUAGUUAUAAACUCUUAUAAGGACGAGGACUACAACAACUAUAACAAAAGCGUUGUACUAGUUAAAUUGUCGAACAACAAAUAACCCACUACUCUUUAUAAAAACCACAAACAAAAACAUCCUGAACAAGAACAACAAAGAAGACGACGACAACAGCAGCACUAGAGUGAAAACAACAACUUUUUACCCACAAUUUACUAUCGCACAUUGUUUGUUUGUUUAUUUUUUGUAACAGAGAGUGUGUCUGUGUGUAAAUUUUGCUUUUGUUGCGUGUAAGAGAAAAUUUAACUCAUUUUCCAAAAUGAAUCUCGUAAUGGCAUCCGUGCUUUUGUUAGCCAUGUUGGCAUUUCAACCGACAUUGAUUUAUGGCACAAAGAACUUGGCAUCCGCUAGAAAUGGCGGCGGCAGCAGCAGUCGUUUGACUAGCAGCCUCAACAACAACAACCGUAAUAUUAGAUCCUCAAAAUACGGAAAGAGACACUCCACCGAACCCUUAUAUUCACCCGCAUUAUCUCCAACAGCGGCUAAAUUAGUCAUGUCGCUGGAAUCGGGUGAUGUAUUGGUGCGUUCAGCUAGAGGUGCUGCCACUGAUCAAAAUCAAAACCUCUCGCCUGCCAACGGAAACAAUGAUGGUAAACGUCAGAAAAAUAAUAAUAAAAAAUUAAACAAAAACUUAGCCUCUCAAGAGGGUGCGGCGGCAGCAGCAGGAGCCACUCCAUCAUCGUCGUCAUCCACAGCAACUUCCUCAAACAGACGUAAACAUUUGGAAAAGAAAUUUUCCGCAGCUUCAGGAUUAUCAGGCAAUCACAAAACAGCAACAGAAACAGCAUCCAAAUACCAAUAGCAAUAACAAUAAAGGCAAUAACAACAAACAACGUCAAAUGCUUAAAUCACAAAAUCACCAAAAUAAACGUUCAGGCGGUGGCAAACAAGCAAA